UCACUCAGAAGUUUCCAUGCUGAUGAAAAACGUGUUCGAAUUUCAGUUUCAGGUCUUUGCUUUGCUCAGGGUUUGCUCAUGGUUGAGUCAAAAAUAUUUACAUUCCAGAGGAAUUCAGAUUUGUGUAGAUACAUAUUUAAUGAUGCAGUAGCACUUAAAUGUUAACUCAAAAUUUCCAAUUCAGAUAGCACGUGGUAAAUCUGCUGUAGUGAUGAUUGUCUGGUGAGUCCCUUAGAAGAGGUUUUAAGGUUUUUUUUUUUAAAUAUAAAUAUUCAACGUUUUAGAAGCUUGAGAGUUCCUAUCAUGUUGAAUCAUGCUGUAUGAACGAUUUAAAGUUGUGCGAUGUUUUUUAUAAUGAACCUUCCCUAGCUGCAAAUCUGUGUACAGUUGCUAGAAUGCAAAAUAUGUAUUGGAUAUCAUCAUGUUUUUCAUUCCUGCAAAAACAGAAUUUCUUAGAAUGUUGUAAUUUAUGUUAAAAAACAACAACAAAAAAAACCCACUUUCGGAUUAACCGUAAGUUAAGAAAUGGGAAAAGUCGAAAAGAAAAAUGAGUGAAUUUGUGGUACAUCCCAUACAUAUGGGGUGUGUGUGUGUGUAACACAGUGUGUGAGGUGCUUGUGAUCUCUUUUUGCACAGGGAGGGACUUGUGAGGAAAUGGAAACUUAAGUUUUCUGCAGCACCAAAACAAACCCAUCCUCUGAUGUUCGCACACACAUUGUUAAAUACUAACACACACAUCACUAACACACCCACACUGCGGUCAGCCAGGAUGCAUCGCUCACGACAGCAACGGAUACUGAGAGUGUGGACCAUUUUUUUCUUUUUAAUACAGGAAGUGCACUGUACACUCCCGUCUCCCCAAAAUGUAACCAUCGUCUCCAUUAAUCUGGAGCACAAGCUCACGUGGACACCAGGUCCAGGCACAGCGGCCUUCACACAGUUCAGAGUCCAGAGCUAUAAUCCGAAGAGGAAGUGCUGGAUUACAGUAAAGAAUUGUUCUGACUUACAAACUGGCGAGUCGUGUGAUUUGACUAAAUCUUUCAAGGAAACUCUCGGUCUUUAUCAAGCCCGAGUUCAAGCAUUCAGUCAGGACCAAGAAUCCAAUUGGACCACAUCGAAAUACUUUACUCCCCUGUUGGACACGACUCUGGGUCCUCCACUUGUGUCACUAACCGGCUGUGGAAACUGCCUCAUCUUGAAACUCAGUCCACCAGCCAGUAUGGACUUUUAUCCAGAGUAUACCGUCAGUGUGUCCAGGACUAGAGACAAGGCACAGUUUGUCAUGAUGGCCUCCAAUGGAGAGACUCUGAUCAACUACCUAGAGCCGGGAGUGGAGUACUGCGUCACAGCCACCGCAGACACAAGCUUUCAAAACCUCGCCAUUUCAUCUGAGCCUCAGUGCACCUACACAAGUUCUCAGCCACUCAACACUGUGGCCAUGUUUUUGAGCGUUCUGUGCACAGUCUUCCUCUUGAUUUUGCUUCUCUGUGCAUGUCUCAUCUACUCCGGCAAGCUGGGUAACCUCCACACACCAUUUCUGCAAGCUUUAGUGAGUUUCAUACCUUUGCUGGAACGAAGGUGAGAAACUUAAGAAGUACUGUGGGGUUACUGACUUUAACUCGGACCUGAGCCAACACUCGUUUUUUAAGAAACAGCGUUCAUGUAAGGGACGAGGCUUUCUUCUGCACCCUUUCCGGAUAUGAUCAGACGUCCCCGAUCUAGAGUCAUGAAAAUACUCUGUGUUUAUCACAUGUCCUCGAAUCCUACUACUGCUAUUUGAAGGUUCAUUUCAGGGGAUAAUUCUGAACCUGCUCUUAAACAGUGUGGCAGCUUGGGGUUUUACACCAGAACAAGGCAGGGUCAGUGAGGAGUGCACCCUUAGACAUUAAUCCAUUAUUACUUGUUUUUAAAGGAAUAAUCAUACAAUUAUUUUAGGUGGGUUUUAAUAACAAUAAUGUUAUUGAUGUUAAUGAUGUUUCAUUAGUAGACAACUAACAGAACUACUUUUUUAAUGUAAUCAAUACACAUAUAACGUGAAGCAUAGUGCCUUUCCUUUAGAUGUUUCUUUAUUUCCAGGUUUUGCAUAAUACAGUCUUCAAGAAUGAACUAUAAAACAUGAGUGAAAUGAUGCAUACUGAAAUUGUUCUCAGAUAAACAGUGUCACAGACUCAUCUGUGAUUUUUAAGUAAGUUAUACACAGUGUUGAAAAUACAAACAGAUUGAUUGUGAGAAAUAUACUUCUACUGAUAAACUGUUUCACUACAAAACACUCAUGAGACUACAUUUAGCCGUGACUACAUCCCAUUUUCUAAUCACUGAACCUUAAACCUUAGUGAAAACCCUGAGAUCUGGAUUUGAUACUCAUUAUAAUUUUGUCUUAUUAUACCAGCAAUUAUUGUAAUACUAGUUAUAACUACUGCAUGAAUUGAUUUAAAUGUGCCAGAGCUUAGUAAAACUGGCUCCUUUCCUUUUCUUUCCUUUUCUUAAAAGGCUUUUACAAACUGCCUUCAAGGAAACAUGUCAUGUUUUACAUUAUUCUUUAGCUGAGGUGAUGUGUGUUAUGGAUAUCAUUGGUAUGGCCUCUAUAUCUUUCCUCUGCUGUUAUUUUCCUGUGUUGUUUGAUAUUUCGUGUAUGUUUUAAUGUGUGAAAUUGUCCUUUUACAUGAAACUGUUUGUGCUGCUGUCUUGACCGGGACUCCCUAGAAGACAAGAUCUUGAAUCUCAAAUGGACAUUCCUGGCUAAAUAAAGGAUAAAAAAUAAAAAUAAAUCAGUUAUAGUUGAACUCGAGUCAGAGGCACGUUCUUCCAUUAAACACCAUUUAGACAUAUACUAUGGUCAUGAACAGCACCUUGACAAGUGGCAUUUGUGCAGAUGUGUGGCCCAUAUUUUACUGACAUAACAUGAGUUAAUCUCAGUCUGCAUGCUCUGUGGUGAUUCUGAGAGAUUUGCAUCCUCACUAGGAUGCAGUAUAUGAAUAACAGUAUUGCAAUCGUCAUGAAAGUACAUUCAUUACCAGCGAUAUUCAUGAGUGUCUGGCUAGCAGCACCAAUACUGUGUAUUACAGAUCCUGCUGAUGAAUGGGAAAUACAGCCUACAAUAAAUCUGAAAGAAAUCACGCAGAGAAGAGAAGAUGACGUGAAAGCAAAGACCUUGCUUUGUGCAGUGGUGUGCAGUUAUUCACUGCAUGCAGGCAUCCAACAAUGUAUUUCAGCAGGGUAGGAAGUAAUGCUCUGUAAUCGUUACUUCUGUAACCCAAAAGGAUGAGAAAAUUGAUAACGCAGUAGAUUCACUACUUAUUUGGUACACAGGGUGCAACACAAUCUCACAAACAUUAAAAAGAAAAUUAACUUUAAUAUAAAGAACAUUUUUUCAAUGUCCUCCAUCUGUCCAUUCAAUCCCGUCUCUCCAUGUAUCCUAACUGUCCACCUCAUCUG